AUGGAGCAGAAAAUUCAAGAUGAAGGCGAAAUGCAAUCAGCGCUUAUGCCUCAGGAAUUAAAUCCAGAAUUUAUUUCUGAUAAGGACAGUCCACUUCGAGCAAUAUUUCCCCUACGACAGCGUCGGGACGUUUACGACUCAUCACCAGCAUACGAAACUACAACCUCCUUUAAGACAUAUAGCCGUGUUGUCACUUGUGUCGUUCUAGCUGUGUCGGCUCUUAUAGAAAUCAUUGUUUAUAUUAUUGAGACCUGGCUGGUAUAA